UCCCGCGUCAGAGGGACACAGAGUCGGGAAACGCGGGAAGCCUCUGCUCCCUCUGUGCCCCUCCUGCUCCCUAAUUAUAGCUCUCUCUCCUCUGAUCCCACCUUCUUCCUCGUCCCUUUCCCCAAUUCUUUUAUUCACAUUUCACCACCUCAAUUCACUCAUUUCCCAGUUUCAUUUUUCUCGCAUCGCAUCAGCUUCAUCAAUGAAUUCCGUUUCGGAUCAAAAACUGGACAGGAUGAGAUCCACUCUGCACUGGAAUCCCUUCCACUUCUCCUUCCUCUUCACCCUCAUUCUACUCUCCGCCUCCGCCGAGGGUUCAUCGUCUGAGUGUGAGUCCGAUCCGGAGCCCGUCAGCCUCGAAUUGGUGCACCGCCACGAUCCUCGUGUUCCAGGGAACGAGAACCUCAAGCUCGAUAAAUACGAAGCCAUGAGGGAGCGAGCUCUGAUGGACAUGCAUCGGAGGGGUUUGAGUAUGGUUGAGAUGCCGCUGCGCACAGGAUGGGAAUACAUGAUAAGCGAUUACUACGUGCAAGUGAGGGUCGGAACGCCGCCGCAGAAUUUCUGGUUGAUCGCCGAUACGGGUAGCGAAUUGACUUGGAUCCGAUGCAACGACGAAGUGACAAGCAAAAACGACACCAGAAGGUCCGCCCUGCGAGUCGAUGGCGCCAGGGCGUUUUGCCGAAAGAUGUCGACGACGUAUAAACCGUUGACGUGUGCAGAUUCGAGAUGCAAGGGUGAAGACCUCGUCAAUGCGGGUGGUGAAUCGGAAUGCGCUCACCCAACUGAUUAUUGCACCUAUUCUACCACAUACGCACACGGCACUAUGGCAUUCGGCGACUAUGGUACAGAUGUGGUGACGCUAGGCGUGAAGAGGGAAAAGAUGGGAACCAUAGAUGAUAUGAUAAUUGGGUGUAACCAUGAAUUAAAUUUCGGUACCGAUAACGAAGGUGACGACUUCAGUCGUACGGAUGGUAUGAUGGGGUUAGGCUACACGCCAUUGUCGUUCAUGUACAGAGCAACGAAACAGUACGGUAACAAGUUCUCGUACUGUCUCAUGGAACAUCACCUUCUCAAGAACUCCACCAACUUUAUAACUUUUGGUUCCUACGAAACAAGCCAGACCCAAAAAGCCACCUUGUCUGCCCCAAUGCAACGAACCAAACUCAUGAUUCAACCAGAUGGAGAAUAUGGUAUCCAAGUUGAAGGCAUCUCCAUUGGAGGCCAAAUGCUGCAACUCCCAGCAGAGCUCUGGGAUUUCAAAGCUGGUGGAGGCAUGACAUUAGACACAGGCACGAGCUUGACGGUGGUGGGCAAGCCAGCUUUUCAAAAGAUUGGUCAAGGGUUAUUGAAGGCAUUAGCACCAAAAUAUAAGACAAUAUUUGGUUCCAAUGAAACUGGACUCAGGUACUGUUUUAUUGCUGAGGAGCGUGAAGGCUUUGAGAAAGAUGUACCAAAACUGGGCUUUCAUUUUGCUGGUGGGGCUGUGUUUGAGCCUCCUGUGAGUAACUAUGUCCUUACUAUGAAACCCAAUGUGCACUGCCUCGGUUUGUUGCAGACGCAAAGGGGAAGUAUUGAAACGGCUGGAGUAAUAGGCAACAUCAUGCAACAGUUGCAUCUUUGGGAAUACGACUUAGCCUCCAUGACUGUUGGCUUUGCUCCAUCUCAGUGCACCUAAUUUUAAUUAUAGAAUUAAUUACCCUAGUGAUUUUCUUUUCUUUUUCUCCUAUAUAUUUUUAGGGACAUUAUUUAUCUUGAUUGUAUCAGUAGAUUAAAUCGAUUAUGAAUAAUUUGUAAGUAAAUUUAA